GCUGUGCACACAGCACCCCCGACCUCCCCUCCUCCUCCUUCUUCUCUGACAGCUUUGCUCCACCAGCUCUGCACUGUGCCGGCCUUGAGAGGAGUAAGGGAGCAGAAAGAGGCACUAGAAGAGAGGAUUUGCUCAACCGAGGAGAGACGGACAGGGGAGAGGGACCAUGGCUGCUCUCUCUGCCUUGCUGAAGACCUGGGUUAUUCUGCAGACCUUGUGCCUGGUUUUGGCUCAAGUGAGGGGUCCACCUGGACCUCCGGGCCCGCCAGGCCCACCCGGCCCCUCUGGCACUCCUGGGUCAGAUGGCAUUGAUGGAGAGAAAGGGCGUCCCGGGUCACCUGGCCCACCAGGGCAGAAGGGAGAGCCAGGAGAGCCAGGUCCUGACGGAUCACCCGGGGAGAAUGGCAUUGAUGGUUUGAUUGGAGCAAAGGGUGACCGAGGUCCUAUCGGGAGACCUGGACCAAAGGGUCAACCAGGUCCAACUGGUGAGCCCGGAACUCCUGGACCUGGCCUUCCAGGACUGGCUGGUAUUCCAGGCCCAAUUGGUCUCCCUGGUGAGAUCGGACCAACUGGACCAAAGGGUAUCCUUGGACCACCGGGACCUCCAGGACUUCCUGGACCUCCGGGCAAGCCGGGUCCUCCAGGCAAGUUUAUUGUUGGAGAAGAGGGUAGUGCAGAUUUCGAGUGUCCUCUCAACUGCCCAGCAGGACCUAAAGGCCCACAGGGACUGCAGGGAGUCAAGGGACACAAAGGACGUGCCGGUGCUCUCGGAGAUCCUGGCAGCAUUGGAAGACCGGGCCCCAAGGGAGAAGUUGGCAUCUCUGGGGAGCAGGGCAUCCCAGGACCUUCAGGUCCCAUGGGUCUGAGUGGUUAUCCAGGAAUGAUGGGGCCCAAAGGAGAACCAGGCCCUGGUGGGUACAAGGGCAUCGGCGGACCAGUAGGACCUCCUGGGCCACCUGGUGAAGAAGGACCUCGUGGACCACCUGGAGAGCCAGGCGAUAAAGGAGACAAAGGCAGCCGAGGUAUCCAAGGCCCACAGGGUGCAGUUGGCAAAAAGGGAGAGAAUGGUCUGCCGGGUAUUGAUGGGAAAGAUGGCACACCUGGCAUUCCUGGAAUCAAGGGUGGCCCCGGUCAGGCUGGGAUGCCCGGUCCUCCUGGUCCUCAGGGAGCAGCGGGAUUACCUGGCAGCCCAGGAGCUAAAGGUGGACCUGGAGCAAAGGGGGAACCUGGACCUAGAGGUCAUGUUGGCUUGCCUGGGCCCUCUGGACCUUUGGGUGAGCCUGGUAUUCCUGGUGAGCCUGGUAUGCAAGGAAUCCCUGGACCUAAGGGCGACAGAGGGGAGCGAGGACCAGUUGGGCCACAGGGAGCAGCCGGCAAGCCUGGAAGCAAAGGAGAGAGAGGGCCCAUCGGUGUGCCUGGCGCCCAGGGUCUCAGUGGAACAAAGGGAGACAAGGGCUUCCAAGGAAAAGUCGGGUCAAAGGGGGGCAUUGGUGACCCCGGAGUCGAGGGAUUGGCUGGCGAAAAAGGCGAAAAGGGUUUGUCUGGCGAACCUGGGCCCAAAGGACAGCAAGGAAUCAGGGGUGACACUGGACACAAUGGACCCACUGGAGAUCCUGGCAAACCAGGAGACCAGGGACCACUGGGGCUGCCCGGUCCUAGGGGGCUUAAUGGAGAACGAGGAGUACCCGGUAUGCCGGGCAUUCAGGGACCAGCAGGACGUGAUGCAUCUGACCAGCAUAUUGUUGAGGUUGUGCUGAAGAUGAUGCAGGAGAGGCUAGCGGCCGUGGCAGUAAGCGCCAAGAGGGCUGUGCUUGGUGGUGCAGGUGUAAUGGGGUCUCCCGGACCGCCUGGACCUCCAGGGGCAUCUGGGCCUCAGGGACCACAUGGCUUACCUGGUGCCCGCGGCAUCCCCGGCAUUAUUGGAGCACCUGGGCAAAUUGGAAACACAGGGCUUAAGGGAAAAAGAGGUCCAAAGGGAGUGAGAGGUGAUCCAGGUAGACCUCACUCAGGUCCACCAGGAGCUCCAGGAAUACAAGGCCCCCCUGGUAUCGAUGGAGUGGCUCGGGACGGUAGGCCCGGAGAGAGAGGACCUCAGGGAACACCUGGAGAGGCCGGUCGCCCCGGUAAGUCGGGCCCGCCGGGUCUCCUGGGAUUCUGCGAGGCAGCGAUGUGCCUGGCCGCGUCUGCUUACACCUCACCAAGACUACAGGAGGCGGGAACGAUCAAAGGACCCAAUGUUUAGAGGCCCCGUCUCCCCAUAAGCAGAUCACAGCACCUGGGAGAGAGGGAGCAAGGCAAGGAAAAAAAAAAAAGGCGAGAGACCACUCUUCUCAACAUCAAGAACGAGAGGUGGGGGGGGACAAUAAUAGUACAUUGACUGCAUGUGUAGCCCCCCCCACCGCUCCUUCCUAGAACUGACAACCUGAAGUUUUGACUGGUGGGACAUCAUGAUCUUAAUCCUCCACAUCACCAUGACAACAGCAGCUCACAGCCACCCACCUCCGUCUGAAAUCUCAAGUGUUUUUUUUUGGAUGUCGGUGUCAGCGCCGUCCAAAUAUCCCAGUCCUGCUCAAGCAGUGAAAGAGGAACAGAUUUUAUAUUACAUCUCUCUUUUUUUUUUUUGGUCUCUCACCAAG